AUGCCAACUCCGGAACAUGGCGUUGCGGCCGGGUCACUUGGGAAAGAAGUGACCCUGGAGAUAUCCAUGAUGGGCCAUGGCCUUGGAAGCGCUAUAAAGAUGUCUGCAGGUUCGGGCGUUCGCCGAGAUGGUACAGGGAAAGACACGGAUCUAGCUUGGGCACUGAAAAGGAGAUUCAGAGGAGCUGAUGCAGUUCAACGGCAGUAUACCGUGACCGUGGAGGCUGCGGUUUCGGAAACGGCAGACAAGCUAAAGCGAGAUGUUGAUUUUUGGCUGAACCCCGCUACGGGCAAUACUAAUAUGGUGAUCACUAUGAAGAUUAGCCGUCGCCUGGCUCUGAUUGAUAUCAAAACUUGGGUAUUAGUUGGCUCGCGUCCGCACUGUGAUCAGAGUGUGUUGAUCUCGAAGGAUAAGAAAGGGAAGAUCCGAAUCACGGCGCCUCUCCGAAUGCCUUUCGAGUCCAUCUUUGACAGACCUUCUUCGAUUUCGGGAAGAAAAGAUAUUUAUUUGUCUGAGGCACGGCUUGAAAACAUCGCCGAAGAUAUCUGGGAGGAACAAGAGAUUUAA